ACUUCCUCGGUUGAAUUUGUCUUAGGAAUUCUGGGACUGGAGCUGGGAAGAGUUGGCUCUUUAUGAUCUUGCCGAAAUGAUUCGAUAUGCAAAUUCAAUCACAAAAGCAAAAAUUUUGGUUGUUGGACAUUCACAGGGAACAAUCAUGUCUCUUGCUGCUUUUACUAAGCCAGAUAUCGUGGAGAUGGUCAAAGCUGCAGCACUCAUUUGUCCUAUAUCAUAUUUAGAUCAUAUCACCACAAAUUUUGUCCUUAGAUUGGUCAAAAUGCGUCUUGAUGAGAUAAUUCUUGGAUUGGGCAUCCAUCAGCUUAAUUUCAAAAGUUAUAUGGGGACUCAAAUCAUGGAUAUGAUGUGUGAAGGGCAUAUUCACUGUGACAUCUGGCUCAGUGCUAUUACAGGGAAGAAUUGUUGCUUCAAUGAUUCACGGAUUGAUUUCUAUCUUGAAUAUGAACCUCACCCAUCAUCCUCAAAAAACUUGCAUCACCUCUUCCAGAUGAUUCGUAAAGGGAAUUUUGCUAUGUAUGAUUAUGGAAUGUGGAGAAACCUCAUGCACUAUAAGCAACCUGAGCCCCCAGAAUUUGAUAUCAGCCAGAUUCCCACUUCAUUGCCAUUGUGGAUGGGUUAUGGGGGCAAUGACGCAUUAGCAGAUGUCAUAGACGUCCAACAUACCCUAAAAAAGUUGAAGCGCAAGACAGAUCUGCUUUAUAUUGAGGAAUAUGGUCAUAUUGACUUCCUCCUAAGUAUAAGGGCAAAAGAAGAUGUUUAUGACGACAUGAUUAUGUUUUUCAAUUCUGUACAAAAGAUAAGCAGUUUUAAGUAGUGGCUGAUUAGUAUACGUGUGGUGGUGCUGGCCUAUUCCAUGUUCAAAGUCUUGUAUAUAGCAUGAUGAUGUUGCUGGUGCUACCUACCUCUUCAGACUGUAAUAGCUUCUGGCAAAUAUGGUGUGUAUAUAAAUCCAUUGCCAAUCCUUAAACUAGUGGUAUACGAGUGUACAAGUCUGUCAGCCCCUCCAAUUUCUAGGUAAAAGCUACUCCUAAAAUACAUUAUGUUUCCAUGAAAAGUAUUGCAUUCCUACUCAUUGCA